AUUACUAAUAUUAUUCUCAAUCUUCCUUUCUUUAAUCUAAAACAAUGAAGGGAAACAGUGUUGGGUUUUUAAGCUUUUUGGUCUUAGCUUUUCUUCUUCUUUCAUCAUCUGCUCGUUUGCUGCUGCAAAUCAACCAUGAUGAAAAGGAGUUCAACACAAACGGGAUGAUCACCCAAGCUGAUGCAAAGGAAGAUCUCUCAUAUUUGAUGGGAGCAGAAGAGUGCGAGGAGAAAGAUGAAGAAUGUGUGAAAAGAAGGGUGAUUCAAGAAGCUCACUUGGAUUACAUAUACACUCAGAACCAUAAGCCUUAGAAUAAUAUUAAACAUCAAUAUACAGAUGGAAGGAUAAAUAUAGUAUGUUUUAUUUUUAUUUUUUUUAUGCUAUAUCAAGAGAAAAAAUGUGUUGUUGUGGGUGUUAUCAACAU